CAUGGCUGGGAAGGACAGUGGGAACCUGAAGACAGUGAGGCUUUGGCGGGACGCCGCCCUGCGCGCCAGGAAGCUGCGGGGCAACCUGCGCCAGCUCACCCUCAGCGCGGCCGGGGGCUGCCCUGGGGCCGGGGCCGACCAGAUCGACGCCCCCGACGCCCCCCAGCUCGUGCUGCCGACUAACAUUGGAGACAUUGAGGUGCUGAACCUGGGGAACAACGGCCUGGAGGAGGUGCCUGACGGGCUGGGUUCGGCGCUGGGCAGCCUGCGCGUCCUGGUCCUGCGAAGGAACCGCUUUGCCCGGCUGCCCCCGGCGGUGGCCGAGUUGGGCCACCACCUCACCGAGCUGGACUUGAGCCACAACCGGCUGACCUCCCUAGGCGCGGAGGUGGUGAGCAGUUUGCACGAGCUGCGCAAGCUCAACCUCAGCCACAACCAGCUGCCCGCCCUGCCUGACCAACUGGGCGCUCUGGCCCACCUGGAGGAGCUGGAUGUCAGCUUUAACCGGCUGGCGCACCUGCCCGACUCCCUCUCCUGCCUCUAUCGCCUGCGCACCCUAGACGUGGACCACAACCAGCUCACUGCUUUUCCUUGCCAGCUGCUGCAGUUGGCGGCCCUAGAGGAGCUGGACGUGUCCAGCAACCGGCUGCGGGGCCUGCCUGAGGAUAUCAGUACCCUGCGUGCCCUUAAGAUCCUCUGGCUGAGUGGGGCCGAGCUUGGCACCCUGCCCGACGGCUUCUGUGAGCUGGCCAGCCUGGAGAGCCUCAUGCUAGACAACAACGGGCUGCAGGCUCUGCCUGCCCAGUUCAGCCGUCUGCAGCGGCUCAAAAUGCUCAACCUCUCCUCGAACCUCUUUGAGGAGUUCCCUGCGGCGCUGUUGCCCCUGGCUGGCCUGGAGGAGCUCUACCUUAGUCGCAACCAGCUCACCUCAGUGCCAUCCCUGAUCUCAGGCCUGGGCCGGCUCCUCACCCUGUGGCUGGAUAAUAACCGGAUCCGCUACCUGCCGGACUCCAUUGUAGAGCUGACGGGCUUGGAGGAGCUAGUGCUGCAGGGGAACCAGAUCGCUGUGCUGCCAGACAACUUUGGCCAGCUCUCUCGGGUGGGCCUGUGGAAGAUCAAGGACAACCCGCUGAUCCAGCCCCCCUACGAGGUCUGUAUGAAGGGGAUCCCCUAUAUCGCAGCCUACCAGAAGGAGCUGGCCCAUUCCCAGCCCGCGGUGCAGCCCCGCCUCAAGCUGCUCCUGAUGGGCCAUAAGGCUGCAGGGAAGACCUUGCUCCGACACUGCCUCACUGAGGACCAAGUGGAGGGAAAUGAAGGAGGGGACAGGGAGAAAAGCCACCCACCUUCACCUCCUCCCAUGAGCAAGGGCAUAGAGGUGACCAGCUGGACAGCCGAUGCUUCCCGGGGCCUGCGGUUCAUUGUGUAUGACUUAGCUGGCGAUGAAAGUUACGAGGUGAUCCAGCCCUUCUUCCUCUCUCCGGGGGCCCUUUAUGUUCUGGUGGUGAACUUGGCCACCUACGAGCCACUGCGAUUUCCUACCACGGUGGGCUCCUUCUUGCAUCGGGUGGGGGCCCGGGUGCCUCAUGCGGUGGUGUGCAUUGUGGGCACGCACGCAGACCUGUGUGGGGAGCGCGAGCUGGAGGAGAAGUGUCUGGACAUUCACCGCCAGAUCGCCCUGCAGGAGAAGCAUGAUGCCGAGGGGCUGAGCCGACUGGCCCAGGUGGUAGACGAGGCGCUGGCCAGAGACUUCGAGCUGCGCUCAGCCAGCCCCCAUGCGGCCUACUACGGUGUUUCAGACAAGAACCUUCGGCGGCGCAAAGCCCACUUUCAGUACCUGCUCAACCACCGGCUGCAGAUCCUCUCCCCCGUGUUGCCAGUGAGCUGCAGGGACCCUCGCCAAUUACAGCGCCUUCGGGAUAAGCUGCUGUCAGUAGCUGAGCACCGGGAAAUCUUCCCCAACUUACACAGAGUACUGCCUCGGUCCUGGCAGGUGCUGGAGGAGCUGCAUUUCCAGCCACCUCAGGCACAGCGGCUUUGGCUAAGCUGGUGGGACUCGGCCCGCCUGGGCCUGCAGGCAGGUCUGACAGAGGACCGGCUGCAGAGUGCCCUGUCCUACCUGCACGAGAGCGGCAAACUGCUCUACUUUGAGGACAGCCCGGCCCUCAAGGAACAUGUCUUCCACAACCUCACCCGCCUCAUUGACAUCCUCAAUGUCUUUUUCCAGAGGGAUCCUGCCUUGUUGCUGCAUAAGCUGCUCCUGGGGACCAACGGAGAGGGGGAGGGGGAAGGGGAGAACUCCCUAGUAAUGGCACUGCCCGCGCCCAGCCAGGACCUGCUCCGGGCCACUCAGCUCCAUCACUACGUGGAAGGCUUUCUGCUUCAUGGGCUCUUGCCGGCCCAUGUCAUUCGGUUGCUGCUUAAGCCUCAUGUCCAGGCCCAGCAGGACUUGCAGCUGUUGCUGGAGCUGCUGGAGAAGAUGGGACUCUGCUACUGCCUCAAUAAGCCCAAGGGCAAGCCUCUGAAUGGGUCCACAGCCUGGUACAAGUUCCCGUGCUAUGUGCAGAACGAGGUGCCCCAUGCAGAGGCCUGGAUUAACGGGACCAACGUGGCUGGGCAGUCUUUUGUGGCUGAGCAGUUGCAGAUUGAAUAUAGUUUUCCCUUUACCUUUCCACCUGGGUUGUUUGCACGCUACAGCGUCCAGAUCAACAGCCACGUGGUGCACAGGUCGGACGGGAAGCUUCAGAUCUUUGCAUAUAGAGGGAAAGUUCCAGUGGUGGUGAGUUACAGACCUGCCAAGGGGGUCCUGCAGCCAGACACUCUGUCCAUUGCCAGCCACGCAUCUUUACCAAAUAUAUGGACGGCAUGGCAAGCCAUAACCCCCUUGGUGGAGGAACUGAAUGUCCUACUUCAGGAAUGGCCUGGACUGCACUACACCGUGCACAUUCUCUGUUCUAAGUGCCUUAAGAGAGGGUCGCCCAAUCCACACGCUUUCCCAGGGGAGCUGCUGAGUCAGCCCAGACCGGAAGGAGUGGCAGAGAUCAUUUGCCCCAAGAACGGCAGCGAGCGAGUGAAUGUUGCCUUGGUUUACCCACCUACACCAACUGUGAUCAGCCCCUGUUCCAAGAAGAACGUUGGUGAAAAGCACAGAAACCAGUGACCUUUAUGGCCGUGGAAUUUCCGUGGAGAAAAGAGAGCAUCAGAACUCACCUGGACCGUCUUUCCUUCCUGGUAAACCCACCAUGCUCCCGAGUGUGUCCUGUGAACUUGACUGCAUAGCGUCCAGGUGCUUUGAGAGGAAGGAGCACACCUGGCCUGCAGAUGAGGUCGCCAGGGGUGGGGGGAGGAUGGGGGAGAACAUGGAGCAAAUGUGUUACAACCCGAACCUCAGAACUGUGAUCCUCCGAGGAGAGCGCUACUUGAAGAAAAGGAAAAAAAAAAUGUCGAAUGGCUUCUCAGGGAUUUUGUUUUCUGUGCACAUAUAAGCCAUAGUUCCAGUGCAGGUGGCAGUAUUCAGAGCACUCAGAUUUCAGUUCUGUUAAAUGUGCAGAGGGAUCGACUGACCAUUCAUUGCUGUUCCGUAACUAGUGUAAAAUAUGUAUAUGUUUAUCUUUAUUUUUAUAAUAUGCAAAUACAUUUAAAUUUAUACAGUUUGAAGCUUCUAGCGUUAGUUAACACUGGGUGCAAUAUUCCGCAUGAGAACUGUGCCAAGAUGGGGCUGAUUUCUUAUUUUAGCAUAAGACCUAUUUGUUCAUUCUUUAUUUUUUAAUCCUUUUCAGAUUUAAAAAAAACAGAUUUCUAUCUGCCUAUGGAUUAAGUGUUGGUUCCUAGAGGUUGCCAAUCAUAUGCAAGAAUCUUCAAGGUGCCCUCAGGCAACGUCUCCUCUCCUUCUUUGAAUGCAAGGUCCCUGCCUGUAUAAACCUCUGGGCAGGGUCAGGGGGUUAUUCCUUUUCUCUGCUCAUAUGUCACUGCUGCCCAGCAGAGUGUUCCUUGCCCCAGGCUUUCCUGCUGCCUGGGCCCUGUCACUGGGUGGUUCACCGAGGGAGGGCUGGUGUUAGGAUUCUUCGGCAGGGGAGGGCAAACGGGGUCAGCGAGCCCACGGGAAGCCUGAGUCUUCCAAUAGCUUCAGAUAAUCAGGAGUCAGUUCUGAAACGUGCAGAGAACUCUGGUAAUGAGCCCCUUCCCCCCCCCCGCCCCCCCGCAAGAACAGAGUCUGUGAAGUUUAGCAGAGCACUUGGAAAGCCCUCCACAUCUGGCUGUCAGACCUUAGGAUAGCAAAUGGCCUAAUUGGAGAACAUAAUCCCCCAUAGGUUAUUUAUAAGUACAGGGCCUCUGAUUGGUCAGUCUACUGCCAAGAACUAGUAAAAAUAUUGUUUUAAAAUCUCCAUGAAGCAAAACUUAAAAAGCAAACCAAACACAUUGCUUUCUCUUCGAACCCUGAUUGGGGCCAAACAGCAGCUGCUGCUGGAGUAACACGUUGUAGUCCAAAGAAAUGUGAAGGACUGUUUACGCGUGCCUCCUCGGCGCGUUGAUUGAAAACGUGGGAGACUCUCACUAGCGUACGACAGGAAAAGUGAGUCUGCUGGUUGUAUUCGUUUUUCAAGUAUUGACUCCUGGAAUGCCACAGUAUACAAAGUCUCAAAAGAUUUUUACAAGAAAUAACAGGCGAGCGGCUGCAUUGCAGAAAGUCACAAAUCGGUUUUUGUAGACUAUUUCAUGCCCCACGAGUUAACUUUCCUAACUCCAGAACCUCCAGUUAAGCAAGCAUGAUUUCUUAUGGUCAGAAAAUCAAGUGGAUUCAGAUUAUUCCUCCAUUUUUAAAUACUUGAAUAUGACACCUCAAAUUUGAGAUUUCGUCAUCUUUGAAACAGUCACAAAGUUAAUCUGGUCAAUCCUUUUGUCACAGUUCUCGUGUGCAUGUGUGCGAGCAUGUGUGUAAGUGUAAACUGAAUGCUAACAUUUAAUUGCUUUAUGGACCAUUGAAUCGUUGGGCAUAAAAGUUUUUUAAUUGGCAUGAGACAGGUCCUACCCUGUCAAAGGAACUUAUUUUGACCCAUCUUUUGAAGACUCAGCAGUGUGUGGCUCUGAGCUAAUUCUCCAGGGGACCAUAUUAAAUGAAAAAAAAAAAAAUGCUCCUGCGGGUGACAUACCCUGAAAGUGUGUGCUGUUAUUAUGAUCAUAAAUGCUCACAUUCUUAAUAUCUGCUAUUUUUUGACAAGUGAUGUUUUGUGCUGUCAUCUGAACCCUAGAGAAGCAGAGUAAGGAGGAAUCUUGGUGUCACAUGUAUCUAAGUAAAAGUCAUUGCGAUAGAGGGUCAUGUGACCGAAAGCAGCUCCAGAAGAGCUUGCGGCCUCGCUUCAGAGUGGGCGGAGGGUUGAAGAUACAGAAAACUCUGCUCUACAGGAAUUUUCACAUCUGUGCAGAAAAGCCCGUUUCCUCUUUCAACACCUGGGAAGACUCGGUCAGCGAGGCGGACAGGCAGUUCACUAAGCACAAGGGGAACCUUCCAGCCGAGUAAUCCCUGGCCUCCAAAAAAAAACACCCUCCAAGUUUGUUAUGGUUUCUAUUCCUGCAACCUGUGGUAUCAAAACCACUUCCUGGAAUUAUGAAAGUGCUGCCAGAAUAAAUGUUUUUCCCCCUUCCAUGAAAAAAGUGUCAGUGCUCACAUUUGACACUUGUGUGGUGGACUCUUUGGAAUGAAUAAAAUGAAAAGGGUUUGGUGUUGUUCCUGAUGGGGUGUGUGUUCUUUUUCAUGCCACAGUUCGUGAAUUGUGAUUGCGGCUUCCUAUUUCAUUGUCAUGACCAGGCAGAAAUUUAAAAAGAAAAUUUCAAAACGUCAAUAAAAAUAUAAAUGUU